UAGACGCGUCGUGCGAUCCAGAAAAAGGAACUGUUUGCUCAAGUAAUUUGAAAACUGCAGAUCCAUUCGACUAAGAUAUCCUCAAGGUCGAUCCAGAUGUGCAAAUGUUCUUGGCUUUUGGAUUUCAUAAUUACAAAGUUAAUACCUCAACUCUCGAUGUUUUGUUCCACUCGGAUCCUCAAGAUUAUCCGGUAUUUUUCAUGGGACCUGGAGAAACUCCAGUAGCAAAUAUAAUAAACAAUAUAACUUUCAAAUCACCUCGCGCGCCUCCUCUGACAGAGCCCGAGGGCCAGGAAUACUUUUGCGAGAAUACCGACUACUGUAAAUCCGAAUCAAACGCCGACAAAUUAAGGCCUUGCUCUUGUACACACGUCAAAAACAUUCCACUGGAUUCCAUCGUCGAAGUUGUAAUCUACGAUCAAGCACGAAUGCCGAUCUUAAGCCACCCGUUCCACCUCCACGGGACAAACUUCCACGUGCUGGACAUCGGAAGUCUUCCAGAACAGCCAGCUCUCACGAUGGACGACAUUGAAAAAGUGGUUUCGAAACACCGCGAGCGUCUGGUCAAUAAAUCUUACGACAAACCCUCCGCUAAAGAUUCCGUUCUGGUGCCUCAGGGUGGUUGGGUAAUUUUCCGGUUUCGCGCAGAUAAUCCAGGUUACUGGGCAUUCCAUUGUCACUUUGAAUUGCAUUCAAUAACUGGAAUGCAGGUGGUUGUUCAUAUCGGCUCAGAGUCCGAUUUACCGCCAACCCCGCCGGGAUUUCCUCGAUGCGGUUCAUUUAAACCGGAUAUUUGUCCGACACAAUAAAGAACUUAUUUGUUUGUUUACCUAUUUUAGGUUAAAAGCAUAUCAUUUUGAUUUCAUAUUGCAUACCAAUCGACUAAUUCCAGAGUGUUAAAUUAAAUAAAUUGGAAUGACAAU